CGGGCGGGAGGUGGGGGCGGGAGCCUGAGCAGGAAUCUCGGAGCGGGCAGGUGGAGCCGUGGCGGGAGCCCGCCGGGCCGAGCUGAGUGAGGCAGCGGGCUCGGCGGGACCGAUGGAGCUCCUGAAGCUGAACCGGAGCGUGCAGGGAUCCGGACCUGGGCCGGGGGCGUCCCUGUGCCGCGCGGGUGGCCCCUUCCUCAACAGCAGCAGUACUGGCAACCUCAGCUGCGAGUCCCCUCGCAUCCGCGGAGCCGGGACACGAGAACUGGAGCUGGCCGUUAGAGUCACCCUGUAUGCAGUGAUCUUUUUGAUGAGUGUUGGAGGAAAUGUGCUCAUCAUCGUGGUGCUGGGACUGAGCCGCCGCCUGAGGACUGUCACCAAUGCCUUCCUGCUCUCACUGGCAGUCAGCGACCUCCUGCUGGCUGUGGCUUGCAUGCCCUUCACCCUCCUGCCCAAUCUCAUGGGCACAUUCAUCUUUGGCACAGUCAUCUGCAAGGCGAUUUCCUACCUCAUGGGGGUGUCUGUGAGUGUGUCCACGCUAAGUCUCGUAGCCAUCGCCCUGGAACGGUACAGCGCCAUCUGUCGACCACUGCAGGCGCGUGUGUGGCAGACUCGCUCCCACGCGGCUCGUGUGAUCGUAGCCACGUGGCUGCUGUCCGGACUGCUCAUGGUGCCCUACCCUGUGUACACCGUCGUGCAACCAGUGGGGCCCCGUGUGCUGCAGUGUGUGCAUCGCUGGCCCAGUGCACGGGUCAGCCAGACUUGGUCGGUACUGCUGCUCCUGCUCUUGUUCUUCGUCCCGGGUGUAGUUAUGGCCGUGGCCUAUGGGCUUAUCUCCCGCGAGCUUUACUUAGGACUUCGCUUUGACGGUGACAGUGACAGCGAGAGCCAAAGCCGGGUCCGAAGCCAAGGUCCUGUCCAGCAGAAUGGGCGUUGCCGGCCCGAGACUGGCCUGAGUGGUGAGGACAGCGACGGCUGCUACGUGCAACUUCCACGUCUUUCCCGGCCCGCGCUGGAGCUGUCGGCGCUGACGGCCCCCACUCCUGUGCUAGGCCCCGGCCCCCGGCCCACCCAGGCCAAGCUGCUGGCUAAGAAGCGCGUGGUGCGAAUGUUGCUGGUAAUCGUUGUGCUCUUUUUCCUGUGUUGGCUGCCAGUGUACAGCGCCAACACGUGGCGCGCCUUUGAUGGCCCAGGUGCACACCGCGCACUCUCCGGUGCCCCGAUCUCCUUCAUUCACUUGCUGAGCUAUGCCUCGGCCUGUGUCAACCCUCUGGUCUACUGCUUCAUGCACCGGCGCUUUCGCCAGGCCUGCCUGGACACGUGCGCCCGCUGCUGUCCACGGCCUCCACGAGCUCGCCCCAGGCCUCUUCCAGAGGAGGACCCUCCCACCCCCUCCAUUGCUUCACUGUCCAGGCUGAGCUACACCACCAUCAGCACACUGGGGCCCGGCUGAGGGGCAGAGGGUGAGUGGGGGCUGAGGCAGGACAGGCGAUAUCUACAAACAGGGACCCAACCUGUCGCACAAGAAGGUAGACCACAACUAACACAAGACUGACAGCUAAGAGCACGGACUAACCUGAACACACAGAAAAAGGUAGCUUACCUGACACACAGAAAACAAGAACGUUGUUCUACAAAGGAAAGGAGGCACACUGCUGAUGUAGGACAGAGCCCCACCCAUAGAAACAUACCACUGACUUCGGACAGACACAGACACAGCAUCCCUGGUAGUGAACUAUCCCUACACAGUGGGAACCCGACAAAGGCUGACCUGCCCCUCAUACACAUACUUUAAUGGCACUGAUUCUUUUAGGGUCUGUGGAGCCUGGCACAGGACUGACUCCUGGGAUGCUCUGUGCUAUCCCAGUUUGACCUCACAAUGCCCUUCCCCAACCAGCACUGAAAAUACCAACAGGCCUAAUCUCACAUCUCCCUGACCAACAGGCUGUUUUACACUAAAGACUUCCUUCAUCCCUUUCUGGUUAAGGACUGCAGCCCUGCCCCUCCUUCCUCACCCAUCCUCUUUAAGAAAUAAUAAAUGACUUGGCUUCCUCCUGA